UCCGUUUUUCUCCGAUCCGCCGUCUUGGAUUUGGUACCCAUGACGAUCACUGAUGAGUCGGAGAGUUGCGGCAGCAGAGCCGUCGUCGCUUCGCCGUCUCAGGAAAACCCUAGGCAUUACAGGAUGAAACUCGAUGUCUUCAGCGAGGUUUUACAGCGACUCCAGGAAUCUAACUACGAAGAAGCGACUCUUCCUGAUUUCGAGGAUCAACUUUGGCAACAUUUCAAUCGCCUUCCUGCUCGAUAUGCUCUCGAUGUUAAAGUUGAGAGGGCAGAAGAUGUUCUUACGCAUCAGAGAUUGCUGAAAUUAGCGGAAGAUCCUGCAACUAGGCCUGUGUUUGAAGUUCGUAGUGUACAGGUUACUCCCAGAAACUCUGCUGCUGACCCUGCGUUGGAGGAAGAUGCUCAAAGCUCUAGCCACCCAAACGGGCAGGGGGUUCUUGCACCUCCAACUUUUGGCUCAUCUCCAAAUUUCGAGGCUAUUACUCAGGGAAAUAAAAUCGUUGAAGAUGUUGAUAGUGCUGUUAAUGCAACAUUGACUACACGACCGAUGCAUGAGAUCACCUUUUCAACAAUCGAUAAGCCUAAACUCCUUAGUCAGCUUACUUCCCUGCUUGGAGAGCUUGGACUGAAUAUUCAAGAAGCUCAUGCUUUCUCCACCGUGGAUGGUUUUUCUUUGGAUGUCUUUGUUGUUGAUGGUUGGUCUCAGGAGGAAACAGAUGGUCUAAAAGAUGCACUAAGCAAGGAGAUACUGAAGCUUAAGGAUCAACCUGGUUCAAGACAGAGAUCUAUUGCUUUCUUUGAGCAUGACAAAUCAAGUAACGAGCUGAUACCCGCCUGCAUUGAAAUACCCACGGAUGGAACAGACGAGUGGGAAAUUGACGUGAAACAGCUCAAAAUUGAAAAGAAAGUAGCAUCUGGUUCAUAUGGAGAUCUGCAUAGAGGCACUUAUUGCAGUCAGGAAGUAGCUAUCAAAUUCCUCAAGCCUGAGCGUGUAAACACAGAGAUGCUUAGAGAGUUUUCUCAAGAAGUUUACAUUAUGAGGAAAGUCCGACAUAAAAACGUCGUUCAGUUUUUGGGUGCAUGCACACGAUCUCCGACUCUCUGUAUUGUGACCGAGUUUAUGGCUCGAGGAAGCAUUUAUGAUUUUCUUCACAAACAGAAAUGCGCUUUUAAACUACAAACUUUGCUUAAAGUUGCACUUGAUGUUGCAAAAGGAAUGUGCUAUCUGCAUCAAAACAAUAUUAUUCACAGGGACCUUAAGACCGCAAAUCUUCUUAUGGAUGAACAUGGACUUGUCAAGGUUGCUGAUUUCGGAGUUGCCAGAGUCCAGAUUGAAUCAGGGGUCAUGACAGCUGAAACAGGGACUUACAGGUGGAUGGCUCCAGAGAUACCAUAUGCUUUCUUGACUCCACUACAAGCGGCUGUUGGCGUUGUUCAGAAGGGGCUUAGACCGAAGAUUCCAAAGAAGACGAACCCAAAAGUGAAGGGACUUCUAGAGAGGUGCUGGCAUCAAGACCCAGAACAGAGACCGGUCUUUGAGGAAAUCAUAGAAAUGCUGCAACAGAUAAUGAAUGAGGUUCCAGAAGAAGACGCGAGCAAGGACAAUCAGUGUCUUAGUUUCUUACAACAACACUUCAGAAAGCCACGUUACUAG